AUGAGGCUGUCAAUAUCGUGCGAUGCUUGUCGACAAGCGAAAGUCAAGUGUGUCCACGAGGGACAGCCGCCUUGCCAGCGUUGCUCAAAGAAUAAAAUCAAGGAUUGCAGCUUGACGGAUCCCCGGGCCUCAAAAUCCAAGGCACGCAAGAACUCCAGUGCGAGUGGGACUCCCAAAAAGCGAAAAACUUCGUGUGAUGUAUCACCUGGCCCGGAAAAUGUGCGGCGACGCAUUCCUGAGAAUCCCGCCCAAUACUCCAAGGAUCCUAUCAAAGCCUUAUCACCGGCGGUUGUGGUCAAUGCCGUCGAGAUAUACAGGAAGAAAUUUCCAAUCACUAAUUUUCUCCACUAUCCCACGUUGAUCUCGGACAUUUCAUCCGAUGUGCACUCCGUGGACUCGGUUUUUGUCGCCUCGCUUCUAUCUCUAUGCGUGCGGUUCAUGACCAGCGAGGAACUCGAAGCAGAAGAUGUGUAUGCCGAUUUCGCACGCAAGCAUCUCGCUCAUCGUGUACUUGAGGCACCGUCGCUUUAUCUCGCCCAGUCGCUUGUGAUGAUCUCAUUUUACGAAUGGGGGACUGGACGACCCUAUCAGGCUUGGAUGUAUAGCGGGAUGGCAACCUAUAUGAUACAGUCUCUGCUAAAGAUGUCAGAUGACAGUAUGGAAUACAGUCCUCAAGAUUUCCAUGCCUCGCAAACACAAUAUGAGCAGUUGGUUCGGACCUAUUGGUGUUGCUUUGCACAAGACUGUGAGCUGAGCUCUGGGGCUCGUCAGCAUUUCGCGCUUUCAUUCUCUCAUAUCUCAGUUCCUCUCCCGAUCAGCGAUCGAGACUUCACUUUCAAUCAUACACCAACUCACAGGCUGAUGCCCGCUGAUAUGAAUAAGAGCUGCCUGCUUGCGAGGGGUCUGACCAUCGAGCAUGGGCUUACAAUCGUCACUCGUGGAUUUGACAUAUUUAUUCGGAUCCUGCGAUUUGCCAAUGAACAUCGAAGAUCGUUGGCUUCUUUGUCGUCUAGUGGCUCCGUGACACCACCGCUCCUAUUGACUUGGCAAAAGCUCAAAGAGGAACUUGACGAGUGGAGGUCGCUCCAGGAUAUCACCGUUCACUACCCAGCCACUAGUGUUCAAACCCACGUUGCUCUCGGAUACGGAGAGCUGUUUGCAUACAUAAAUCUUGUCUAUUGCAUGAGCAUCCUCUUCCUACACCGUGACCGCUUCCUGUCCAAUCUCAAGCCCCAUUCAGACGUCUUUCACGACAUGAACGACACCGAAGGCGAACCCCACACAAUCGAUCAACUCUUCAAAGCCGCCCAACAGAUAGGCAGUAUCCUAGCCGCACUAGAUGCCUCCGGCGCCCCAGUCCUAUCACCUUACUCCGGCUUCAGCAUCUUCGUCGCAGCCCACAUCAACAUGUACGGCACGAUCUCACCACACAGAUACCCAGGGGGCCUCGAACGAGCCGAAGAAGAGAAACGCGGCAAUCUCGCCUACCUGGAACGACUAAGCAAAGUAUGGCCCGUAGGUCGCAGCUGGUGGCGAACGGUCCAAGAUGCGAACCGAUUCUACGAAACGGUGAAAAGCACACAAACAACCGCAGAGUCCGAGAUCCACAGCCCGCAGGGCUUCGCAUUAGCCGGCACCCUGGAUGAAUACGGCGAUAUCCGCUCACGACCCAGUGCGCACGCGACAAGAGCUGCGACGGCCGAGUCCCGCGAUACCCAUAGCUCGCAUGCUGGGACUUCGCCUGGUCUGGAGGGCGGGGGCUAUUUGCCCCGGGAUGGUGCGGGUCAUGAGGUUGAGACCGAUAUGUUUCAGUGGCCUUUUAUCGAUGGGUCGUGGUCUCUUGGGUUUGAUACGGGGCUGGAUGGGUUGUGGUCGAAUUCUGGGCUGUUUGAUCCCAAUCCUAUGAGGUGA